AUGGCUAUCAAAUGUUUCUCUGUGCAUGCCCUCUUCCUCGUCUCCUUCGCUCUAACUGCACAAAGGACAACUGUAACUGCCAUCCCUGAAGUUCCAAAAAGAGAAGCACAGAACCUGAAAAUGGAAGAACCAGAUUGUGUGGAUGAUAGGAGCUUCCUAAUUCCUGGAAUUGGUAGAGCAGUGAAGCCAACCCCUCAUGGCACAGGAAGGCCUGGAGAUGUUGGUGACAGCCGUCCGACUCCUAGAUAUAUUCCAGGAAAUGAUGACACUUUUGUUCCUAAUCCAGGCUUUGAAGUUCCUGCUGUUGGAGGUGGAGUUCCUGGAGGCAACAAUGGGCCUUGA